GGGGGGAUGAGGGGAGAAAUGACCCAAACAUUGUAUGCACAUAUGAAUAAAUGGAAAAAUAAAUAAAUAAAAUAUAGAGCAGUGUCCUGCUUAAACUUAAAUAAAAUCAAAACUUCUUAGCCUAUCCUUACAAGGCUUUUCCUGAUCAAAUCAAUGCCUCCAGUUCCAUUAACAUGUUGGGUUUUUAAGCCAUUUAUUGUCUGCUGUUGCUUCUACAAGCUUUCCAUCCCACCCUCACCUUUUUACCUUUGCUUAGGAAAUUGUCUGUUUACUUGUCUGUGUUGUCUGUAACCACUUCUCUCCCACCCUCAACCCUAAUGCAGGCUCAUUAAGGACAGAGAUUAUUGUUUUAUUUGCUAAUGAUAUACCCACAGAAAUAGGUUGAAUGAGUGAAAACUUUUAUACUUCAGAGUUGUUUUAAGGUAGAAGUAGCUUUAGUGGAGAGUAAAGAGCCUGAAAGAAUGAUUGAAAAAGAUUAGGCCAUCACUUCCUAAUAUUAGUGUCCUCAGAGCCUUUAUUUCCGCCAGGAUAUUGGUUCAAAUAUAUUAGAGAAUGCUGUGGAUUAAAUUUCUGCCUUGGAUAUUCACAAUUCACCAUAAGGGCUAUGAGAAGGCCUGAUGUAAAUUUGUUUUUAAUCCAGCAUUUUCCUAAUACACUUGAUUAUGGAAACUUUUUAGAUAAGUACUUAUAAUUUCUUUUAGGUUAGUAGUGGGAUUUGGGAUUUGGGAAAUGCAAAAUUUGGCAGGCAUAUGUGUCCUGUAUUUUCUUCUGGUCUAAUUAAUAUAAUUUAAAAAUAUAAUCAGAUCCUGCCCAAGGGAUAUUUGGAGGAGCUCUGGCUGUUUGUAGUCAGAACAGAGAACCCAAGGGAAGAUACAGCAAUCUUCAGAUAUUUGAAGGUUCCAGUAGAAGAUGGAUUAAAAGUAUCUUUUAAGCCAGAAAGUAAGAGACAGAACUAGGGGAAGAAGUUGUAGAAAAGCAUAUUUUGAAUAAUUAGAACUAUCCAGAAAAUGAAGAUAGUGCUUUGGAAGGUAAGUAACUCUUUUUGUUUGUUUGUUUUUGUUUUUAGUGAAGAUGAUUAGGCAAAGAUCCAUAGGGAUUCUAUAGAGAAAUUUUAGCAUAUCAGAUAAGGAUAAAUUGGGAGAGUAGUUUUUUUUGAAAGUUUGAAAAUCACCGGACUCACUUUUUAGAUAUCUAUUCCUUUUUAAUUCUGUGAAUCUUUAUCUUGGUAGAAAAUCUCAGUGAAGAAACCAAACUUAAUGUAUCGGAAACAAACAUAUUAUAAAGUUUAGUUGUAUAGUUAAGUGAUUUUACCCGAUGGUAUUUCACUGACUGAUUGCGAUACUGGGUUGAAGCCUGGGCCACUCACAUAUUAUCCAAGUGUUCUAUCCCUAAGUUACAUCUCCAGCCUGGUUUUUGUUGUUGUUUUUCUUUUUAAUUAGAUUUUGCUUUUUGAAACAGUUUUCUGUUCACGGUAAAACUAAGCAGAAAGCUUAUAGCAUUCAAAUAUACCCACUGUCCCCACACAUGCACACCAUCCCUUUCCAGUACUAUGAUUGCAUAUGUAUGACAGCUGAUGAACCUAUAGUGACUGUCAUUACCACCUGAAGUCUGUAGUUUAUAUUAAAUUUCAUUCUUUUUUUUUUGGCAGUACUAGAGUUUGAACUCAGAGCUUUAUGCUCACUAGACAAGGCUCUCUACUACUUGAGUCACUCCAUCAGCCCUAGAUUUCAUUCUUGCUGGUGAUUUGAAGAAAAUCUGACUAUUCCUCCUCAUCUUUAUUUUUGUGGCUCUGGAGUUUGAACACAGGGCUUCCCGCUUGCUAGGCAGCACUCUACCACUUGAGCCACGCCUCCAGUCCUCCUUCACAUCUUAAAGAAAAUGAGUUUUAGUCAUUUCUUGUUCUAGUUUAGGCCUUAAGGAUUCAGAGGUGUAGAAACUGGAAUUAACAUCAUCUAUUUUGAGAAGAUACUCAGUGUUGGGGAAAGAUUCUUUUUUUUUUUGUAAUCUUAAAUGUUUAUUUUGCUGGCUAACUAUUUUUUUCCUUCUUUUUAAGUACCAAAAGAAUUGGUGGAGCUCCAUUUGAAGUUGAUGCGAAAGAUUGGCAAAUCUGUUACAGCAGAUAGAUGGGAAAAGUACUUGAUCAAGAUAUGCCAAGAGUUUAACAGCACCUGGGCAUGGGAGAUGGAGAAGAAGGGCUAUCUUGAAAUGAGUGUUGAAUGCAAACUAGCUCUCUUAAAGUAUCUCUGUGAGUGUCAGUUUGAUGACAAUCUUAAAUUCAAGACUAUUAUUAAUGAGGAAGAUGCCGAUACCAUGCGUCUUCAGCCAAUUGGGCGAGACAAAGAUGGCCUCAUGUAUUGGUAUCAGUUGGAUCAAGAUCACAAUGUCAGAAUGUACAUAGAAGAACAAGAUGAUCAAGAUGGCUCUUCAUGGAAAUGCAUUGUCAGAAAUCGAAACGAGUUGGCUGAGACUCUUGCACUCCUGAAAGCACAAAUUGAUCCUGUACUAUUGAAAAACUCUAGCCAACAAGACAACUCUUCCCGGGAAAGUCCCACCUUAGAGGAUGAGGAGACUAAAAAAGAGGAAGAAACACCUAAACAAGGUUUUUUUGUGUGUUUUCUUUUGUAUCUCUUCUAUCUUCUUCUACUCUUAUACCUAACUAUAUAAUCAUGCAUUUUCAUCUCAAUUUGA